AUGGGUGUCAAAACGAACUGGUUCAGCUGGUCUCCAGCAGACAUGAGCGAGAGAUUCUGGAACACAAUCCGCCAGAAUUACUAUCUCGGCUUCACGUCUUUUGGAGGACCUCCGGUCCACUUCAAGAUCUUCCGUGACAAGUUUGUAACCAAGCUGAAAUGGAUCGACGAGCAAGUGUACCAGGAACUCUUCAGCGUUUGCCAGGCCUUUUCAGGCCCUGGCAGCACCAAGAUGCAUUACUGCAUCAACCUCAUCCAUGACGGCUUUCUCCCGGCCUUCCUAGGAUUUCUCAUGUGGAGCUUGCCCGGCGCAUUGGCAAUGUACGGCCUCUCCAUCGGCGUGUCGAACAUCGGUGACUCCCUCCCGCGACCUGCCUAUGCCCUCCUCUCUGGCCUGAACGCUUCGACCGUCGGAAUCAUCGCCCUUGCCGCCGUCCAGCUGUCCGAAAAAGCCAUCACUGACAAACUAACCCGGAUUCUCGUAUUUCUCGGCGCCGCCGCUGGAAUUCUGUACAACGCGCUGUGGUAUUUCCCGGUCCUCAUGUUCCUCGCCGGAAUCGCCACCAUCAUCCAUGAUUUCCGAUGGCUUCACGGGCCCGUCAUCGCGAUCGUUACCUGGGUUCGCAAUCUCCGCAAACGCAGCCGACCCGCCGAGGAAGAAAACAUGGAAAUGACGCAAGACAGCCAAGCCAACGGGAAGAAUCAGGCUUCUGAGACGCAAGACCAACAAAAUAAAGAGCCUUCCUCCGCCGAACGAGAACCCCGCGUAGUUCCUCAAGAGCGCAUUCUCAAUUUUUCGUGGCAAUUUGGCGUUGGCUUAAUCGUCUUCUUCUUCCUCACCUUCAUCGCAAUCAUGGUAUUGCGCGGUGUUCUUCCCGGCAAGCCUCUCCUGUUCAGCUUCUUCGCCAACAUGUACCUCGCCGGAACCAUCAUUUUUGGCGGUGGUCCCGUCGUUAUUCCCCUCCUCCGUGAAUAUGUCGUCGCGGAGAACUGGGUUAGUGCUCGAGAUUUCCUGAUCGGACUCGCCAUUCAGCAAAGCUUCCCGGGUCCGAACUUCAACUUUGCCGUAUAUCUCGGGUCCCUGACUGCCAUCAACGGAGGAUACAACUCAGCCCUCGGAGCGCUAUUGGGUUUCAUUGGAAUCUUUGCCCCCGGUCUCAUCACGGUACAUGGAACCAUGGGUGUUUGGAGCGCCAUUCGCGGUCUUAGAUGGGUCAAGUCCAUGCUGCGAGGCGUAAAUGCUGCGGCUGUUGGUCUCAUCUAUACCGCUGUUUAUCGCUUGUGGCAGAUCGGAUACAUGGACGAAGGAUAUCAACAGGGCACUAGCCUUGCCUUGGAGCCAUGGAUGGUUGUCAUCACGGCGACGAGCUAUGUCGGUGGUUACUGGUUUGGUGUGAGCCCUCCGGUCGCCAUUAUCGCCGGCGCCGUGAUGGGUCUGAUUUGGUAUGGUGUUGUUUCGGGAUAG